AUGGAUGUUUUGAAUAAUGGCAAGCUGUUGAAGGAAGUGAAUGCUACAACCAUCACUUUAAUUCCUAAAGUGAAAUGCCCAAAAACAGUAGUUGAGUUCAGACCUAUCUCAUGCUGUAAUACACUUUAUAAAUGUAUUACAAAGGUCCUUUGCAAUAGACUCAGAACUAUCCUACCUGAUUUAAUACUGGAAAAUCAAGGGGGAUUUAUGCAUGGGAGAUACAUUGCCCAUAAUAUAAUGGUGAUACAGGAUCUGAUGUUGGAGCAGCUAGGAUUCCCUAGGAAAUUUAUUCUCUUGGUGAUGGGAUGUGUCACUUCUCCUAGAUUUUCACUAUUUAUAAAUGGGGCUAUGAAGGAUUUUUUCCCUACUCAAAUAGGGCUGAGACAAGGGGAUCCUAUGUCUCCUUUGCUCUUUGUUAUCUGUAUGGAGUACUUAUCAAGGGUGCUUCAUAAAAUGAGUGAGCUAAAUCAGUUCAAGUUCCAUCCUAGGUGCAAGGAACUCAAGCUCACUCAUAUGUGUUUUGCUGACGAUUUAAUUCUCUGUUGCAAAGGAGAGUUUGCAUCCAUUUACCUAUUAAUGGGAGCUUUCAAGCUAUUCUCUCAUACCUCAGGGUUGAAUGCAAAUAUUGAGAAGUCAGCUUUGUACACUAGUGGAAUGCCAGCAACUGAAGUGCAGAGAAUUAUAGAUGCAUCAGGUUUUACACUCAGUAUAUUUUCUGCCUCAAAAAGUGCUACAAGAUGUGAUUACUACAGUGGUAAACCAGGAUAUAUAGCAUGGGAGCAAGUGUGUACAAGUAAGAAUAAUGGAGGACUGGGGUUCAGAGAUGUGAAGACAUGGAACAUUGCUAGUAUGGGCAAAUAUGUGUGGGCCAUUUCUUUCAAGCAAGAUAAUGUUUGGAUUAAAUGGGAAUUGCUAAAAGCAUGUUAUACAAGUGAUGAAUUGACAGCUAUGACUAGCUAUUCAGUAAAAGCAGUAUAUGAGAAGCUCAAGGGUGAGCAAGAGAGAGUGGUAUGGGGGAAAUUUGUCUGGAAUAGGUUGAGCAUGCCUAAACAUAGGUUCAUUCACUGGCUUGCAGUUCAGGGGAAACUUCAAACUACAGAAAAGCUUAAGCACAUUGGAGUUAGUGAUAAUGACCUGUGUUUGUUAUGUGGAAGCUACACUGAGACACACCAGCACUUGUUUUUUAAAUGCAAGUUUAGUAAUGAGUGUAUGCAAGGGAUUAAGAACUGGUUGGGGGUGAAGAAUAGCACUCUGGAUCUUCAUCAGCUAUGUAGAGGGGUCAGAAGAGGCUCAAGGACAAAGUUUCAGAAACAGAUGAUUUUAGCUGGGAUAGCAACUGUCAUUUACCAUGUUUGGAGAACCAGAAAUGUUUGCUAUUUGCAUCAUAAAGUAGACACUAUUAGUAGUAGCAUAAAAAUGAUUUAG